CCUUGUGCAGAUGGUUUAUAGCUUCUCUUUUCUCUGCUUCUUUUGACUUGCUUGCUCAGUUGCUCUCAUCUCCAACUACAAACUAGUGAGGUAUAUGCUCUCUUUACUCCCUUUCAUCUCAGCAGCUCUUCUAAACUGAUCUCCAACCAAGUUCCAAGUGUGGAAAUGGGGCAGAAAUUUCUUUUGUUGUUCGUCGGUUUGUGGUUUUUGUCCUGCUCCUUGCUUCUCCAUGCUUCUUCAUCUGAUGGCUUACUGAGAAUCAAGUUGAAGAAGAAGAAAUUUGAUCUUGAAUCUUUGGUAGCAUUAAAAGUAGCUAGGAAAGAGUACAAUCUCCAUAAAAAAUAUGGCUCUAAACCUAAUUUGCUUAACUCUGAUGCUGAUAUAAUACCUUUGAAGAACUAUUUAGAUGCUCAGUACUAUGGAGAAAUUGGUAUUGGCUCACCACCACAGAAAUUUACUGUUGUAUUUGACACUGGUAGCUCUAAUCUUUGGGUUCCAUCGUCAAAGUGCUACUUUUCUCUUCCAUGCUAUUUCCAUCCUAAAUAUAAGUCUUCAAAAUCAAGCACCUAUACAGCAAAUGGAAAGACAUGCAAGAUUACUUAUGGUUCUGGUUCAAUAUCUGGUUACUUCAGCGAGGAUAAUGUGCUAGUCGGCGACCUUGUUGUUAAAGAUCAAGUUUUCAUUGAGGCAACACGUGAGGCAGCUCUCGUUUUCUUAUUGGCAAAGUUCGAUGGCAUUCUUGGACUUGGCUUUCAGGAAAUUUCCGUCGGGAACUUUCCACCGAUUUGGUCUACCAUGGCUGAUCAGAAUUUAAUUGAUGAGAAAAUUUUCUCGUUCUGGCUCAACCGAAAUGCAGACGAUGAAGAUGGAGGUGAGCUUGUAUUCGGUGGUGUUGAUCCCCAGCAUUUCAAAGGCAAUCACAGUUAUGUUCCUAUCAGUCGCAAAGGAUACUGGCAGUUUGACAUGGGGGAUAUUCUUAUAUCAGGCUAUUCAACUGGGUAUUGUGCUGGAGGGUGUGCUGCAAUUGCAGACUCCGGAACAUCAUUGUUGGCAGGACCAACUACUAUCGUGACUGAAGUGAACCACGCAAUAGGUGCACAAGGGGUCAUCAGUGCAGAAUGUAAAGAAGUUGUCAAAGAAUACGGUGAUAUAAUAAUUGAAAUGUUAAUAGCACAGACACGGCCUGAUAAGAUCUGCAGCCAGAUUGGUUUGUGCCUUUUCGAUGGAUCUCAGUAUGUUGGCACGGGCAUUGAGAGUGUAGUCGGUAAAUCAGAGAAAGAACAGUCAUCGGCUAAUUCAGAUAUUUUUUGUACUGCUUGUGAGAUGGCUGUUGUGUGGAUGCAAAAUCAGCUGAGGAUGAAUGAAACUAAGGAGUUGAUACUGAAGUAUGCCAACCAGCUAUGUGAAAAACUACCAAGCCCCAUGGGAGAAUCAACUGUUGAUUGUGAUAAGAUAGCAGAAAUGCCUGACAUUUCAUUCACAAUUGGAAGCAAGACCUUUACUCUUACUCCAGAACAGUAUGUGCUGAAAGUUGAGGAACUAGGAGUAACUCAAUGUUUAAGUGGAUUUAUGGCAUUCGAUGUUCCUCCACCGCGCGGCCCCCUCUGGGUUCUUGGAGAUGUUUUCAUGGGUGCCUAUCACACAGUCUUUGACUUUGGCAAUGAGCGAAUAGGAUUUGCGGAGGCUGCUUAAGAGCAUUUCUUUGCAUGCUUCUGCAGAAUGUGGUGUUGUGAAUCUGUGCAGUUUCAUAUCUAUAUUUAUAUAUUUAUAGUAGUAAAAUGAACUGGAAGUAGUAUGAACUUUGAACUUGUUCAAGGUAUUUGUGGAUAAACCCUUAGAAAUGUCAGCAAAUUCUAAGGAUGGGUGUCAUGUAUGUUUUGGAUGUUUGAAUAUGCAUAAUGCUGAAUGUUGACAGUUUGAUGGCAGUUUGAAGAUUUGAAAGA